UCUCCUACUCACGUUCUACUGAACAAAAUCCAUUGAAGAAAGUAAGUAAUGGUAGCAGUUAAGAAGUUGAACUACUCUUAACUAACACAACAUGACAAAUUUAAUUCCACUUAGCAACACAACACAACACAACACACCACAAUAUUUAACAUUGGAUCUUUCAUCCUCUCAACUCCUCUCCUCCCACACUUGCAUGUUCCUCAGAUCUCACAUUCAAUGGCGGGUUUCUUCUCUCUUCUCAGGCGCCUCUACCUCUCCAUUUACAACUGGACCGUCUUCUUUGGAUGGUCUCAGGUUCUGUAUCAUGUUCUGAUAACGUUGAAGGAGUCGGGUCAUGAAAACAUUUACAACGCAGCCGAAAAACCUUUGCUUUUUGCUCAAACCGCCGCUGUGUUAGAGAUUCUGCAUGGUUUGGUAGGGCUUGUCCGGUCUCCAGUUUCAGCAACCUUGCCACAGAUAGGUUCUAGGUUGUACCUGACUUGGGGCAUCUUAUGGAGUUUCCCUGAGACCCGAAAUCAUGUGCUUGUUACCUCCCUACUAAUCAGCUGGUCCAUCACUGAGAUAAUUCGCUAUUCUUUCUUUGGCUUCAAGGAGGCUUUCGGUUUUGCCCCGUCAUGGCUUUUGUGGCUAAGAUAUAGCACUUUCUUACUGCUGUAUCCAACAGGCAUUAGCAGUGAAGUUGGUCUGAUAUACAUUGCACUGCCAUUCAUCAAGGCAUCUGAGAAGUAUUGCAUAAGAAUGCCAAACAAAUGGAACUUCUCGUUCGACUACUUCUAUGCUGCUAUUGUUGUACUUGGAAUCUAUGUCCCAGGAAGCCCUCACAUGUAUACAUACAUGCUUGCACAGAGGAAGAAAGCGCUCUCAAAAUCAAAGAGGGAAUGAUUAGCAUCUGUUGUAGUUUAUCAUUGGAUUUUGGCCAAACAUAGGAUAUAGGCAUGUCUUGUCUUGGUUUGGAUUCACAUAUGUAUCCAACUAACUGUUGCCUUUCUUGCAAGUGUAUCCUUAAGAGUGAAGAAAUUAAAGUAUUUUGUUCUUAGUU